UCAUCAAGAAUGAGCAAAGGGCGGAUGUUGCGUAAUCUCCGUAUGUACGGUUUGUUAUUGAUGGCGACAUCAUGUGAACUGUUAGUUUAGUCGAUUUAAUUACAGUGUUUGCAGUGAAUGGUUUUGAAACAUUCCUGUCUGUAGUCGUUCAACAAGGAUAUUAGACACUGACGUCGAAACAGAAAUUUAGCAUCAUGAAGAUGGGCAUCUUCUCCCUCUUGGUCAGAGCAUCUCUCCUUGCUGUGUCCGUUCUUGGGCAAACCCCAGAUGUUGAAGAGCUUGCUGAUAGGAAUGCCGACUUUGCUACCCGGCUGUACAGCAAGAUAGCUAGCUCAAAUGAUGACAAUGUAGCCGUUUCGACCCUUGGGGCUACCUUGGCCUUAGCCACAUUAGCAGCCGGGGCUGGUGGGGCUACUCGCACCGAGCUGCUAGAGGGUAUAGGUGUGGCCUCCAUGGAGAAAGAUGGAGAGCCAGAACGGAUUCAGACCCUACUCAAGCAGCUGAGGGAGACCACUGCUCAAAUCCAGGCCACUGGCCUCUUCAUGAAGCAAGACGUCAAGGCAGAUGACAGCUUUGGCAACCAGGUUAAGCAGUUUUAUAAUGCAGAUGUUCAAAAUGUGAAUUAUGCCAAUGGACAGCAGGCCAAAGGGAGUAUCGAUGAUUACGUAAGAGGCCGAACAGGGGACAAGGUCAAAGAUGUGGUGGAGAAUGUAGAUCCACAAAGCAUGGCGAUGUUAAUUAGUGCGGCUUUCUUCACAGGUCAGUGGCUGCAACCCUUCAACGUUACCUUCACCCAAGAGGAGCGUUUCUAUGUGAACAAAUAUAAGAUUGUACAAGUGCCCAUGAUGCUCCGUACAGGCAAAUACUACCUGGCCUAUGACCCCACGUUAAAGGUUGGCAUUUUGAAACUGCCCUGUGAGGAGGGCAUUGCCAUGCUUGUCCUUCUUCCAGAUGAAGAUGUGGACUACACCUACAUUGAUGAAUCCAUGACUGGUGAAGUGUUUCGCCGAUGGGUUUCAAAGCUGAAAAAGACGAAGUUGGAGAUUCAGUUGCCCAGAUUUUCAUUGAAACAGCCCAAUUCACUAAGUAUGAGUCUGCCCAGCCUGGGCAUUAAAGAGAUCUUCGGGAGUACUGCAGAUCUCUCUGGAAUCAGCAGCGAUGAAGGCCUGAAACUGUCAGAGGUGGUACAGAAGGUCACCGUGGAAGUGGAUGAGACUGGAGGCUCAGUGGCCGAUGCCUCCAGAAAUCUCUUUACGACCCCUCUUCCUCCCAGGCUCACUUUCAACCGACCCUUCAUUUUUGUCAUCUACCAUGAGGCCACAAAAUGCAUCCUUUACAUAGGACGUGUGGUCGACCCAACUAAGAACUAAUUAUGUAUAGAGAAACUACCAACUUACAGUCUUGGUCCUACUCAUAGAUUAACCAGUUGUUUUGCUUGAAUAACCAACUUAGAAUUUAACAUUUAUUUGUGUAAUGUAACAGAAUAGUGUUUUUAAUGUUUUAAAACAAAAAUAUCCGUAUAAUAUAAUAACAAUACAAUGUCUGAUAAGUAAACAACUGAAAAUUUAUAGUUUUUUCUGAAAUGGUCGAUUUAAGAGAUUUAUUGAUGCCGUGAUGGAGUGUUACCCACACAGUGAAAAGUAUCUUGUUUUUUGUUCUUCUGGAGAUUUGUCAGUACCAGCAUAGUAUUCAUAUCAGCACUUUAGCAGGCUGUUCAAAUGCAACUCAUUAAAGCGCGUCAUAUUCAACAUGAAUUUUAUUCAUUGGGUACUAAGAUGUUGGCGUUAAUCAAUCAGGUGCUGGGCAGCACCAGGCACAGUCUCAUUGGUGGGAUGGGAUGGAGAGUUCCAAAACUCUUCAAUCAUAAAAAUACAUAGUGCUUCUUUUUUUCUUAGCCACUUCAAAAAUAUAAAACAGAAUUUGCAAAGCAUGCUAUAAUACAAGAAACUAAAUAAUGAGGCAGUAAAUUAAAUACA